UGUGGUCUCAUUAAAUCAGCCGCUUUUAUAUUUCUCUUGUGGCUAACGGUCUUUGUAAUUCAAAGCUUCUUACUUGAUUAAACGAAAAGAACUGCACCCAAAACGUCAAGUAAAACGUUCAAAUAUAGAGGGUUUUCAUAUUAUUUCAAGGGUUUGUAUAUUUUGUUUGAGAAAUGUCCCGGCGUAGACACAGUGAUGAGAAUGAUGGAAGCUCCCAGCCACACAAACGGAGGAGAACAUCAGAACCCAUUGAGAUUGAAGACCGUUUGGAGUCACUGAUAUGCAGAGUGGGAGAGAAGAGUACAUCCUCCUUGGAGAGCAAUUUGGAGGGUCUUGCUGGCGUCCUGGAGGCUGAUCUUCCAAAUUAUAAAAGCAAAAUCCUGCGCAUCUUAUGUGCUGUUGCAAGGCUGUUGCCGGAGAAGUUGACGGUAUACAGCACACUGGUGGGGCUUCUCAACGCCCGCAACUACAACUUUGGUGGAGAGUUUGUGGAGGCCAUGAUCCGACAACUUAAGGAGACGCUAAAGUCAAAUCUGUACUCAGAGGCUGUUUAUUUGGUGCGAUUCCUCAGUGACCUGGUAAACUGUCAUGUCAUCGCAGCUCCCUCUAUGGUCGCCAUGUUUGAAAACUUUGUCAGCGUCACACAGGAAGAGGACAUCCCACAGGUGCGGUCUGACUGGUAUGUGUAUGCUGUGCUGUCAAGUCUUCCUUGGGUAGGCAAGGAGCUGUAUGAGAAGAAGGAUGUGGAAAUGGACCGCUUGUUCAACCAAAUUGAGGGUUAUCUAAAGCGGCGACAGAAGAUUCAUGUUCCCAUGCUGCAGGUUUGGACCGCAGAAAAACCCCACCCACAGGAAGAGUAUCUGGACUGUCUCUGGGCUCAGGUACAGAAGUUGAAAAAGGAUCGCUGGCAGGAGCGUCACAUCCUGCGACCAUAUAUCGCAUUCGACAGUGUGUUGUGUGAAGCCUUGCAGCACAACCUGCCCCCAUUUACCCCUCCUGCACAUUCUGACGAUGCCGUCUACCCAAUGCCCCGCGUCGUCUUCCGCAUGUUUGACUACACUGACGCUCCAGAGGGGCCAGUGAUGCCAGGCAGUCAUUCAGUGGAGCGGUUUGUGAUUGAAGAGAAUCUGCACUGCAUCAUCAAAUCUCACUGGAAAGAGAGGAAAACCUGUGCUGCCCAGUUGCUCAGCUACCCUGGCAAAAACAAGAUACCCCUUAACUACCAUAUUGUGGAGGUAAUAUUUGGCGAGUUAUUCCAGCUGCCCGCUCCUCCUCACAUUGAUGUCUUGUACACUGCGUUACUCAUUGAGCUCUGCAAACUGCAGCCUGGCUCUUUACCACAAGUUCUUGCCCAAGCCACAGAAAUGAUGUACAUGAGACUGGACACAAUGAACACAACAUGUGCAGACCGACUCAUCAGCUGGUUCUCACAUCAUUUGAGUAACUUCCAGUUCAGAUGGAGCUGGGAUGACUGGGCUGACUGUUUGACACAAGACGCUGAAAAGCCCAAACCCAAGUUUGUUAAAGAGGUUUUGGAAAAGUGUAUGAGGUUGUCAUACCAUCAGCGGAUAGUGGACCUUGUUCCUCCGAGUUUCUCUGUUCUGAUUCCUGUUGAACCCUUGUGCCACUAUAAAUAUACAGAUGAGACCAGCAGUACACUGCCUGGAUUUGCUGUGUCAAACACAGUGGCUAAUGCUAUCAAAAACCGUGCAUCAAAUGAAGAGAUUCUUACUGUACUAAAAGAUGUGCCUAAUCCGAACCAGGAUGAUGAUGAUGAGGGCGACAGCUUCAACCCUCUGAAGAUUGAUGUGUUCCUGCAGACCCUGCUCCACUUGGCUGCCAAGUCCUUCAGUCAUUCCUUCAGUGCUCUUGCCAAGUUCCAUGAGGUUCUGAAGACCCUUACAGACAGUGACGAGGGGAAACUGCACAUCCUUAGGGUUCUGUAUGACUUCUGGAAGGGUCACCCUCAGAUGAUCUCCGUGUUGACAGACAAGUUUAUUCGAACUCAGAUUGUGGACUGUGCAGCCGUGGCCAACUGGAUAUUCUCUCCUGAAAUGGCUCAUGAUUUCACCAGGUUUUACUUGUGGGAGAUUCUUCAUUCAACCAUCCGAAAGAUGAACAAACAUGUGCAGAAGAUCCAGAAAGAGCUGGAUGAGGCGAAAGAAAAGCUGGAAAAGCAACACAACAAAAAGCAGCAAGACAGUGGUGAUGAAGAGGAUAUGGAGAAGAACAGUGAGGAUGAGGAGGGUCAGCUGGAGGAACAGAUCGAGAGGCUGCAAGAGAAGGUGGAGUCGGCCCAGAGUGAACAGAAGAACCUUUUCCUUGUUAUUUUCCAGCGCUUCAUUAUGUUACUGACGGAGCACCUGGUUCGAUGUGAAACGAGCGGCAUUGACAUCAACACGCCCUGGUACAAGAACUGUAUUGAGAGGCUACAGCAGAUCUUUCUCAUGCAUCAUAUGAUCAUUCAGCAGUAUGCGGGCACCCUGGAGAACCUGCUUUUCACAGCUGAGCUCGACCAUCACAUCCUGACUGUGUACCAGCAGUUCUGCGCUCUGCAGCUAUGAGAUCCAUUAAUGCAUCUCUUCUGAAUGUCAUACCUGCCCGUUUAUGUGGCAUCACAAGUAUUAGUAGCAUCCACCAGGAACAUUAGAGAUGGUUUUCUUUUAUGUAGUAAUAUUGGAAUUUGUCAGACCCUUUUUAGUGCCCUUGACAUGUUUGUGUAGUGUUUUAUUUUGUUUUUACUCGUUGCCAUUGGCCAUUACUCUGUGAAAAGUGUAGAUCUUUUAAUGGCCAUCAUUUUGAAAACAGUGAUGCUAAACAUAAUAUGUACUUGAAUACUUGACUUCAUUUUUAUGCGUUUUAUGUCAUUUUGAUGGAAAAUUGAUUCAAUUGAGUUGUUUAUUAUGGAUAGUGUGCCCUUGUAGAGCAGUCUGAGCUCUAUUGCCAAUGUAAUGCCAAGUUUUUCAAAAAAACACAAUAAAAAAAAA